AUGUCGGAAAUUAUCAAGACGCCUUGUUCCGAGAAAUCAGAUUUCAUGAAAAGUCUCGAUACUCUUCGUACCAACAGAAAAAUGAUCCAUGGAUGUAUUCUCUACGAAUUUCUCCAGAAAAAAACAGCGUUCGAAGCUUACGAAAGUUUUUGCAAAGUAGUUGGGAGGAAAUCAUUGAAUGCCAGGAGUUUUAUUUCUGGUUUAGCCGGUUUGAAAAAGGAAUGGCAGAGUUCGAUGAGAAUAUCAAGUACGAGAAGGAUAUCAACUGGAAAAAGCCGAAAAUUCUCUCAUUUUCUGACAUCCCAAUCUCAGUUAUUCAUGUAAUUCUGGACCAUGUGAAGCCUGUUGAAAGACUCGUUCUUCAAAAAGUGUCUCAAAAACUGAGAAGUAUGCUUUUAUCAAGAAAUCAUGGUUUUAAAUGGAUCGAAUUGCAUGUGGAUAUUAAUAAAGCAUGGCUGAUGCUUGAAGAAGAAAAUAUUCGAGUUGAUUACACUCUUCUACAUUUUGACACUUGCGUGAGCUUUGAGCAACGAUCUGGAUCAAUCGAUGGUGAAGAUUUUGUGACUGUUGCACUGAACGAUGCUGCUCCAUUCAUGCUAAAUCCGAAAUAUCCAUUAAACGACUUUCAAGUUAAAAAUGAUUGUCGUGGAUGGGCUCAGGAUGAUGACAUCUCGUAUGGCACCACACAACGAUUGAAAAUCGCUGUUUCCAGUAAAAUCGAGAGAGCUUUCAAUUCAUUUAACGCUGAAUUUCACGUUAAAAGCCUUCUAAUCGACAUAAUUGGAGUGAAGAAUACGAGUUAAUUGAGGAUCUAGUCGAUCUUGAGCAAUGGAAAAACGCAAAAGUGAUCAAAUCGGAAUGUUUUUCUCGUCUACCGAUUGAAGUCGACGAAUACUUCCAUUUAAGAUGUUUCAGUGCUGGUUUAGAGUCUUUCACAGUUGAUGAUGCGAUUAAAGUCCGAGAUAUUCUCACAAAAUCAGCCAUUUUCGAAGAAGGAACUUUCUAUGCUAAGUUCAAUAAUUUUACCGAAUUGGGAAAAGUUUUCGAUCCGAGCUAUGUAUUCGACCCUAGGGCAAGGACUGCAAUCAAAUAUGAAACCGAAGACGCCAAAUUUGAAAUCGAUCUCAAUUAUGAAUUCCACAUCAAAAAAAUUAACUGAUA